AUGUUAGACUUGAGAUACCUUUUGCUUUCCGAUAAUCAAAUAACAGGGGCCAUCCCAUCAAACAUAGGGGAAUCCGUACCCAGCUUGUAUUUCCUUUCUCUUUCGGGUAAUCGAAUAACAGGAACCAUCCCAGAUUCUAUAGGACACCUCUCUUUUCUUGAAGUCAUUGAUUUUUCAAGGAAUAAUUUGACUGGAAGCAUUCCUUCUACCAUAAAUAAUUGCUUUAGCCUUGUUGCUUUAGACCUUGGAAACAACAAUCUGUCUGGGAUAAUACCAAAGUCGUUGGGCCGGUUGCAAUCGCUCCAAUCACUGCACUUGAACCACAACGAGCUUUCAGGAGAGCUCCCCUCAUCUUUCCAAAAUUUAACAGGCUUGGAAGUUCUUGAUCUUAGUUACAACAAAUUGUUGGGUGAGGUUCCUGCAUGGAUUGGAGCUGCUUUCGUAAAUUUAGUAAUACUCAACUUGAGGUCGAAUGUGUUUUGUGGAAGACUUCCCUCCCAGCUUUCAAAUUUAAGCUCCCUGCAUGUCUUAGACAUUGCACAAAACAAUCUGAUGGGUGAAAUUCCAAUCACUUUGGUUGAGCUUAAAGCCAUGGCUCAAGAGAAAAUGAAUAUAUAUCGGUUAAGUGUGAAUGCCAACUCCUCGUAUACCAGCUCCUUGUAUGAAGAACAAUUGGUUGUGAUUGCCAAAGGCCAAAUUCUUGAAUAUACCAAGACUCUUUCUCUUGUUGUAGGCAUUGACCUAUCCGACAAUAAUUUAAGUGGAGAGUUUCCCCAAGAAAUAACAAAAUUGUUUGGUUUAGUGGUUUUGAACUUGUCGAGGAAUCACAUCACUGGCCAAAUUCCUGAAAACAUUUCAAUGUUGCGACAAUUGUCAUCUCUUGAUUUGUCAAGCAAUAAGCUUUCCGACACCAUUCCUUCAAGCAUGGCCUCAUUGUCAUUCUUGAGUUAUUUGAAUCUAUCAAAUAACAAUUUCUAUGGUGAGAUCCCCUUUAUAGGGCAAAUGAUAACCUUCCCCGAGCUGGCCUUUGUGGGAAACCCUGAUCUAUGUGGACCUCCACUGGCCAUAAAAUGCCAGGAUGAAGAUCCAAAUAAAAGGCAAAGUGUUGUUAGUGACAAAAAUGAUGGUGGCUAUAUUGAUCAAUGGUUUUACUUGAGCGUUGGCUUGGGAUUUGCCAUGGGCAUCCUAGUUCCAUUUUUUGUUUUGUCAACAAGGAAAUCUUGGUGUGAGGCUUAUUUUGAUUUUGUGGAUGAGAUUGUCAGAUGGUUGUUGAGAGGAAGAGCAACCUAUGCCAAAAAUCAUCCUAGAAGGCGAUAA